CAACAAAUAUUUCUCAGUUGAGUAGAUCGAUUUGUCAAAAAACGUUGAAUUUCACAAAGCGUCGGAGUGAUUUUUUAUUUAAUUUCUUCUAUUUUAGUGAGUGUGUGUUAAUAAAAAAUCAAAUAAAUUUUCUUAAAAGCAAAAAUAAUUUUUUAAUAACAAAAGCCUACAAAUAAAAGUGAAUAAAUCGUUACCUAUCCCUAGAAAAAAAGGCUUCCAAAAGGUAUAAAAAAAGAAGAAAAAAAUAAUUUUAUAAUAAAACAACCACAUACAACGAAAGUGUAGAAAAAAAAAGAUACAAAAAAUUAUAGAACUUUGGUGUGUAACAACGGCUGAACAUCUAAGAAGUUAUUAGAAACGUUUAAAAGGAAUAAAGAAAGGCUCGUGGCAGCAAAUAAAUUUAAUAACAUAAAUAAUGUGUUACGUGUAUCAGCUAUAAAUGUGGCAUGUCUCCUCUUCUACCAAAUACUUUAAGGAUUUAAGUUAAUCGCAGUUGGAAAAAUAUGCAAAAUAAAACUGUUAAAGUUUUUUAGUUAAAAACCAUAAACAUGUGUUGGCUUCAAGUGAAAAUACAACAAAAUUCACAACAACAAAUCCGCAACUUCUUGUGUCUACAAAAUAAACUCUAAACCAAAAAUUAUAAAAGAAAAAACUAAAAUAAAAGAAAAUUAAAGUUUUCCAAAGUGUUGUGCAUUAAGCUUCCUAUUAGAGAGUAAAAAAAAACAAUAGUAGACAACUGUUAAUUUUAACAACAAAACUGUCCCCAUAUAUACGCCCCUCGAUUUCUUGCGGAAUCCUUUAUACAAUACUACAAGGACAGUAAAACAGACAAGAAAAACAAAAAUAUUUUAAACUUUUUUUUACAAUUAAAUUUCGUGUUAAAGUGUUGUUUUUAAAUUCUUUUAAAUUACAACUUUCUAUAAUUUUAUGAGAAAAAGGGCCUGAGUGCCCUCGGUUAUGGCCUUUAUGAUGAAAAAGAAAAAGUAUCGUUUUAAUGUUGAAGUAAAAUUACAAGACUUAGAGAAUGUGGCCCUGGUAAAUGAGGUGCUGUUUGCAAAAAUACGUCUAUUGGAUGGUGGCUCAUUUCAGGAAUAUAGCAGCAGGGAAGAAGUACGCAAUCAUCGUGUGGAAUGGAAUCGAAAUUUCGAAUUUCCUUGCAAAAUGUCAGCAAAUGCCUCAACGGGGGUAUUGGAUCCCUGUUAUUUGCGUAUCUCGAUACGCAAAGAAAUGAAGGGUGGACGUAGUUAUUAUAAAUUAGGUUUUAUUGAUUUAAAUCUUGCCGAAUAUGCUGGCGCUGGUUUAACCUCGCGACGAUUUUUACUGGAGGGUUAUGACUCCAGACAUCGUUUAGAUAAUUCCAUGUUAACAUUAUCAAUAAAAAUGUUAAUGUUAAGUGGUGAUAUUUUAUUUAAGGCUCCUACACCAAAUUUAAAAAAUAAACUAAAAACACCCACAGAUGAUCUGGCCACAGCGGCUACGGGUGUGGGCUUACAAUCGCCCACAUCAUUAACUUCCUCCUCUUUACCCACCAUAGGGGUAACAACGCGUCCUGUUUCCACAAUAAGGGAUGAUGAUUCAGAUCCUCAAUAUGUUAUGGCCUCUAUUGUUACCGAUUCAGGUCAUUCAGAAUCGUCUGAAUCGGCCAUUACCCUAACACCUGAUGCUUUGCUCUUGCAACAGCAACAACAGUUACAGCAGCAACAACAACAACAGCAGCAGCAGCAACAACAAACGCAUUUGCCAUCUUCCUACCCACCCUCAUCGGCUGCCACUCUGGUACCAGGUGUUUCGCUUACAAAUGCACAACAAAUGUUACCCUACGGUGGCAUUGGUGGUACGGGCGGUAGUGGUGGCGGCGGUGGUGGUAGUGGAGCUGUUAGUGGUAAUAUUGCUGUUACUAGCAUUGGUAUUAUUGGUAGCAAUAAUUGUGGCACUACUGCCUCAAUUAGUGGCUUAUCAACUUCAGGUGGUGGCACUGUUCCAGGCCUUGAAAUGGGCCAUUCAAGAAAUUCCAGUAAUACUAGUCAAAUGUCAAAGGGUUCCGGUUAUAGUAGUUUUUCGCACAGUCAACAUUCUCGUCAAAGCUCUGAAGGUGAUUCGGGGCAUGCAAGAUUCAGCAAAUCCGUUUCUCUUCUGAAUAGACUUAAUCAAAGAGCUAUAAAUGCUAUGAAAUUGCAUAUACCCGCUUUAAUACAUCACCAUCCUCAAAAUGAUAAAGCUAAUGCCUUGAUACUGCAUAAUGCGGAGUCUUUAAUGUUGACCACCACCACUACCACGACAAACACAACUUCAAAUACUAAUGUGAUAAAUAUCGAUGAGAAUGAAGAGCUAAUGUAUCAAACACCCAAUUCUUCGGUGAGAGAAGAACUUGGUGUGGAUGAUUUUCGUACUCCCCUAAAUGAAAUGCCAUCACCUCCUCCUUUGUCUUCAAAUUCUAUGUAUAAUAUGAAAUUUUUAAAUACACCCUCACCCACUUAUCGCAGUGUUAAUAGCACCAGUAGAUCUUGUUCACGUGAAUCCGAUCUUUAUGCCAGUGGUGAACGCGACAGUGAAAGUGAAACGGCUGAUGAUUCUGGUCUAGAUGAAAAUUUCCAUACUCCCCGUGUGGCGAAAAUUAAAUCAAUGGAAAAUCUUUCCAUAUUAGAAAUGGAAUUUCAUAAGGCUUCCCAAGCCUUAGAUCGCAAUUCCCCCCGACGUCUUAAGUGGUUGGCUGAACGUGAACGCAUACAAAUGCCUAAAAUGAAAUCUUUAAAUAAUCUUUGUUUCGAUGAUUAUUCUGAAGAACAAAUGAGAGCCGAAUUUCAAAUGAUUCGUGAACAGAAUUUAGAAGAGAAACAUCGUUUUAAUAUGCAGCAAAGAAAAAAUUCGACUUCCUCCUCUAAUUCGGGUAAAUUGUAUAUAAAAAACUCUAAAGUGGGUAAUGCCAAGUUUAUAGGUAACGAUGAUAGUCCUUUGGCUCAACACCACCACCACAAUAACAAUCAAAUCACCAGUCAUAUGCAUUAUCCCAUACAAAAAAUGAGAUCCAUGGGCACCAUACCCGAUGUGGUAACCGAACGCAUAGAACCCGAUCCAUUUCUAACACCCACCUCAGCUCGUAAACCUCAAUUUCCUAUGGUAACACAAUCGGCCGAAAAGGCGGCUACACCUUCAUAUGCAGCCGCUAGAUUAUUAACCUAUGAUUGUAUAGAUGGUCCACAAAAUUCCCAUCAUUCGCAUAAUUCUCUAAGUGAACUCUACUCACAAGAUCGUUUGGGUAAAUUGAUCUUAGCCAAUGAGGCCUCAUUUAUGUCAAGAACACCAUUUGAGAGAGCCUAUCGUCGUAGUCUUAUGAAAAGUUCUACACCACUGCGUCAGUCAUUGGGUCUUAUACAACAGUAUAGCAGCAACGAGGAAGCGACUAACAUUACAACACAUAUAAGACCACAUUCCAAUAAUGCUGCCUAUGAUAUAAUGAGGAAUCCCAGUUCUGGCUCUUUAGUUAUAAGUGAAACAGGUUCAUUGGAUCGCAUGAAAAAUACCGCCGAAAAACGUAAAAAAGGCCCUCUGGAUGAUGGUCCCAGGGUAUCGGAUCGUGUGGAGGAGACACGUGUUAAUCCGAAUUCUUUAAUUGAUGAGAUUUUAAAGGAUACUAAAUUGGAUCAAUUAGAAGAAACGGCUGAAACAUCCGGUUUACAAUUGUAUAUAGGUAAAGAUGGCACCACUUCAUUUGGUAACCAUGAGCUUAAAUCUAGAGUCUCUGCUGGGGCUUUCAAACAGGUUGUCAUGGAGAAUCCAAGAUAGUAGCAUAAAUUUCUAAUCUAAAAUAAGACUUUUUUCAAAACAACAACAACAACAAACAAACCUACUACUAUUACAAAACUACAACAAAAUAAACUAUACUAUAUAGAAAUAAAUAUACAUAAAAUAUUGAUAUAAUAA